UCACGCGUACGGAGGUGUAGGCGCAGCUGACAAGAGACAGCUGAGAGUUGAGACAGUCGUGCCGUCGUGCGUGACAGUCCAUUUCGGUGACAAAAUUUUGGAGUAAUUCGCUGCGCGCGCGUUCAAAACAUAAGUUUACACAGCAUCAAGAUCUCAUCGAUUUACCAGUGGAAACCAGGGGUUGACAAGAGCCGCGAAAAUGAUGCAGGAGCCCACGGCGUACGACCUGGCGUAUCGCGGCAAAACCGCGGCCGUGAAGAUUCUGCUGAACGAGAACGAGAAGCUGAAAACGCAAACGGACAGCAACGGCCGAAUGCUGCUACACUGGGCAGCGCUGGGCGGCCACGACGACCUGGUCAGGCAUUUGCUGUCCCUCGACGUACCGGUGGAUCCCGACGACGAUACAAACAUGACUCCGCUAAUCCUGGCAGCGUCCGCCGGCCGCGAGAAGGUCGUUAACACGUUGCUGACCGAGGGAGCGAACGUGAACGCGACGACGGUCGACGGUCACUCGGCGUUGCAGUACGCCGCGUCUAAGAACUGGAAGUCCAUCUGCGUGGCGUUGCUCGAGAGGGAUGCAGACGUGAACAUCGCGGACAAACGGGGUGCCACGCCUCUCCACAGAUCUGCCUCCAAGGGCAACACCGCCAUCGUGAAGCUCCUCAUGGAGUACGGAAAGAAGUUGAACAUAGAUCAGAGAGACGCGUACGGUAACACGGCGUUGCAUCUCGCUUGCGAGGAGAACCGCGUGGAAGAAGCAAAACUGCUGACGGCGCACGGCGCGGACUUGACGAUCACCAACAAGGAGCGCAAGACUCCACUGGAUCUCGCGAGUCCCGGAUUGAUCCGACAGCUCGAGGAAAUCAAGCGAGAGACUGUGUCAAAAUAAAAGGUUCGAGAGCACAUUGGACUGACUCCGAUAUUCAAUUGGCAUUCUCCUCGCCGUCGAUGCUCUCGUCCUGCGUCGUCGAAUCGUCACCGGAGCCGCCAGUUUGUACGGAACCGCGUUUCAGCCUCGUGGAGCUCAGACUUAUCGGAGGACCACCGCGCCUUUAAACAAAUCAUACGUUACGUUAGUUAGGCAAUGUGUCUCGUUGUUGAAAUACAUGUACAUAAUAUAAUGCGAAAAAAAUAUACACUAUCAGUCAAUAGUUCAAAUAUAUUUGUCACUUUUUUCGGGUUAAAAUAUCCCUUGUGUAAAAUCUAAAGUUUAAUUUUGUACUUAAAUACUCAACAUUAUGUAUCAAAUAAUAUAAUGAGAUGUGUAAUAAAGUGUAUCGCGAAUUAAACAUAAAA